CCGAGCCCAGGCGCGAUGGCGAAGGCGAUGGCGGCGGCCCCGCUCCCUGCUCACCCUCCUGCUCCGGCGGCGGCGGCGGGCGUCGAGGGCCGCGUGGGGUCCCGCGUGAGCUUCCUGGGGCCUCGGCUGCCGGCGCAGGUGGAGGCGCUGGCCAGGGGCGCCCGCGAGCUGGGCAAGGAGCCCUUCCGCAGGCUCCUCAAAGUCACUGUCAGUGCAUUAGAGGGAAGAGACUGCAUGGAGUCGUUGAAGGCGAUUGCCGAGAGCACCGGCCUGCCGGACGAACAGCUCGCCGUCCUGAUCUCGGGCAUGUACACCCUCCUCCGGGAGGCUCUGAGGCUGCCCACAUCCUCUCUCAAGCAGGAAGUUUUCAAAGAAGAUCUAAAGGAGCUUCGGAUUCCGGAAGACUUCAUCUCUGACUUUGCCACCAUCGCCUUUGGGAACAGGCGACCUGCUCUUGAAGCCACAAUUCAGAAGCAGGCCAAUAAACUGCCUAGAAUCAACGACUUCCGGUGGAGAGUGGAUGUGGCCAUUUCUACCAGCUCCGUGGCUCGUGCUUUGCAGCCGUCCAUUCUGAUGCAACUGAAGCUUUCCGACGGGUCAGCCCAUCGUUUCGAAGUGCCAGUUGCAAAGUUCCAAGAAUUAAGGUACAAUGUUGCUCUGAUCCUGAAAGACAUGAAUGACUUGGAGAAAAGAAGUAUUCUGAAGAUUCAGGACUGAAGGUUUUUGAUUCAUCAGGGACUUGGAUAUGACAUGGGAGCCACUCAAAACAGCAAGACAAGAAACUCCGGUUUUGCAGUGACAUGUAUUGUAACAUAAUCUUUGUGAUAUGGCUGUAAAUAUUUUCCCAUUCAUAUGUUGCAAGGUGCUUUUUUACCCGAUUUUUGUUUUUACUUUUUAAUUCUACAUAUAAACAACAAUAGCAUUA